AUGACGACUUCACUGAUUUUGCAUCCACGCUGGGCGGACACUUUCAUGUACGUGUAUGAGGAGAACCCGAAUGAAAAUAGCCAGACUAAAAUCCCAGCCAUGGAAGGGCUCAGUGGGAACUGUACAACGAGCCACUGCAGGGAUUUAAUCACUCACCCGGUUCUGAGUCGUCACUCCGGCACCAUUGGGACUCACCAGGGUUCCGUUUACACGGAAAUACCUGCUCCAGAUGCAGCCAGGCAGUGUCCCGCGCCGCCCGCUUCUUCUAACGCCACCUUAGGCUACGGCUAUCCCUUUGGAGGCAGCUACUACGGAUGCCGCCUGUCCCAUUCCCACAACGUGAACUUGCAACAGAAGCCUUGCGCCUACCACCCGCCUGAGAAAUACCCCGAGCCCAGCGGCUCCCUCCCCAGCGAAGAACUAUCCUCCCGGGCCAAAGAGUUUGCUUUUUACCCCAGCUUUGCCAGCUCCUACCAGGCGGUCCCUGGCUAUUUGGACGUAUCGGUGGUUCCAGGUAUCAGUGGGCACCCCGAGCCAAGACACGACGCGCUGCUCCCCAUGGAGGGGUACCAGCACUGGGCUCUUUCCAACGGCUGGGACGGGCAGGUUUACUGCGCGAAGGAGCAAUCGCAGUCCACCCACCUCUGGAAGUCGCCUUUCCCAGAUGUGGUACCUCUUCAGCCAGAAGUGAACAGCUACCGUAGGGGCCGGAAGAAAAGGGUCCCUUACACGAAAAUCCAGCUGAAAGAAUUAGAAAAGGAGUACGCGGCCAGCAAGUUCAUUACCAAAGAGAAGCGAAGAAGGAUUUCCGCCACUACCAACCUUUCCGAGCGCCAGGUCACAAUCUGGUUUCAGAAUCGCAGAGUGAAAGAAAAAAAGGUUAUUAGUAAAUCUAAGACAUCCCAUCUACAUGCUACCUGA